AUGCGAAUACCACAAGAGAGACCCUCACAGGUACACGCAAAGGAUAAAAAAGCAGGCAGAACAAGAGUAGGCAAUAAGCAGAGGUGGCUUGAGAUUUGGGAUCAGCUGUUUCCAGGGGUCAAGCAGCCAAUAUCACCAUUCGUGGAUCCUUACGAUCAUCUUACUCAAUUCAGCUGGCUAAUCACGGAAGAAGAGUGGCCAGCGUCCAGGUCCAGUUUGUCCCGCGUUGAGGUGGCAGACCCGAUGAGGCAAACUGCAUUAAGAUGCAGAGGCCGCCUCGAUUCAAUGGCCAACCAACAACUGCCCGAACCAGCUUCAACCAAAACUGAGAGUCCGAAAUUUACCAUCGAUACAUCUCCUUGGGAAUCUGUUGACAAAAUUGGGUUCCAAGCGCUCAACAGCAGUACGCCUAGAUCAUUCAACCUAUGGGAGCAUUUUUCUGCCCCAACCAGUUCAGCACCCCAUUGGAUGUCUACGAUCGGCCAGACGGUACUCCAUCCCUCAAGCACGAGGAAAACUCUCUUCUGA